CAGCUGAUCAAGCCGGAGGAGAUGGUGAACCCGAAGGUGGACGAGAUGUCCAUGAUGACGUACCUGUCGCAGUACCCGAACGCGAAGCUGAAGCCGGGCGCGCCGCUCCGACCCAAGACCAGUCCUGGCAAAGUGCGAGCAUAUGGCCCAGGCGUCGAACCGACCGGCGUCGUUGUCGGAGCUCCGGCAAAUUUCACGGUGGAAACCUUUUCUGCCGGCAAGGGGAACGUGGAAAUUACGGUUGAGAACCCUAAAGGGCAGCCUGAACCGUCGCCGUUCAAGGUCAAUGUGGAAGGGUUCGCAGGGGACCCGUCAAAGGUCAGGGCAUCGGGGCCCGGCCUGGAACCCGAAGGCGUCAUGGUCGGAAGACCCACCUACUUCGACAUCUUCACUAAGGAUGCAGGAAAGGGUGUGCCUGAGGUCAUCAUAUUGGACUCAUCCGGAAAUCGUAACACUGCUCCGCUGAAGUUGAAUCAGAUGAAUGUGGAGACAUGGAGGUGUGAGUACACGGCCUCUGUGCUUGGAUUGCACUCGGUGAACAUCUUCUUUGCCGGGAAGCCCAUCCCCAAGAGUCCAUUUGGUGUCCGAGUAUCUCCAGGUGAUCCAUUGAUCCUCAUUCAAUUUCCUUGCAAGCUGAAGUUCAUUGUUGACCUUUUGACGAUCGUGUGCGAUGCCCGAAAGGUGAGAGUCACAGGACGAGGCGUGCAAGCCAACGGAGUCAGAGUGAAGGACCUUGCUGACUUCAAAGUCCACACAGAGAAUGCUGGCCAAGGCAUACUUGAUGUCAAGGUCAUUGGACCAGGAGGUGCCAAGAUUCCAGUGGCAAUGAGGAAGCUGGAUGACAACACCUAUGAGUGCGUCUAUGAGCCGAAAAAGGAUGGGCGGUACAUAGUCACCGUCUCUUAUGGGGGUCAUGAAGUCCCACGGUCUCCAUUUGAAGUUAAUGUUGGCCCAUACAAGGAAUCCAAGAUUGUUGCUUAUGGUCCUGGCUUGUAUGGUGGCAUGGUUGGAAAGCCGUGUCUCUUUACCGUGGAAACCAAUGGCGAAACUGGAUCUUUAGGAUUCAGCAUUGAAGGCCCAUCUCAGGCCAAAAUUGAUUGUCAUGACAAUGGGGAUGGCUCUGCUGAUGUUAGCUACCACCCAACUGCACCAGGAGAAUAUGCAGUGCAUAUAUUAUGUGACAAUGAGGACAUCCCUAAAUCUCCAUACAUGGCCCAGAUCAAGCCCAAGGAUGACUCAUUCCACCCUGACAAGGUGGAAUGCACAGGACCUGGACUGCAGAAGACUGGACUGACGGCCUGUCGUCCAACUGAGUUCCACAUCGACACCCGCAAGGCAGGGAAGGCUCCUCUGGAAGUGAGCAUCCUAGAUGGGGACUUCAAGCCAGUGGAUCAUCACCUCAAGGACAAUGGGAAUGAGACGUACAACUGCUACUACACACCCACUAAAGGGAACAAGCACAGUGUGUCCGUCAACUAUGGAGGAUUAGCUGUGAAGAAUAGCCCAUGGAGGUGCAGCAUUGAAGAGCCCACCAAUCCUGCCAAGGUACAAGUCUUUGGCCCCGGGGUAGAGAAGGGUGUCAAGUCCCAAAUUCCUACUCACUUCAACAUCGACUGCAGAGAAGCUGGACCUGGGAAUGUCCAGAUAGCUCUGACAAAUGACAAGGGACAGGAUAUCCCAAUCCAAAUCCAUGACAAUCAAAAUGGGACUUUCAGCGUGGAUUAUACUGCCCCAAUUCCAGGUCUACACACUUUGAAUGUCCUUUAUGCUGGACAGAUCAUCCCUCAGUGCCCCAUCCGGAUCCCUAUUCAGCCUCAUAUUGAUGUUUCAAAGGUCAAGGUUGAAGGACUUGAACCAAUUUGGUUUAGUGGGUGUGGGAGAAAACAACCUGUGAUGGUUUGUCAUAUCUUUGACAAGUUUUCCAUGGAAUGCAUGUACUAUAUAGAGGGUCCAGUGAACAGCCUUCAGCAAUUUCACAUCGCAACUCGAGAAGCCGGCAAGGCAGAGACUGCUGUUCGUAUCGCAUCCCCCACUGGACAUCCAGUUCAGACCCACAUCAUCCCAACUUAUGAGGGUUGUCUCGUGAACUUCACUCCCACGGAAGUCGGGGACCAUAACGUGGACAUCCGAUUCGGAGGAGAGCCUGUGCCCCGAAGCCCCAAAAAGUUCACAGCCAUUUCAGGGAGUGAUCACACCAAGGUGAAAGCCUAUGGCCCAGGUCUUAAGGAAGGGAUCACAAACAAGGCAGCAGAAUUCACAAUCGAUACAAGGGGAGCAGGUCAGGGUGGCCUGGGAGUCACAAUUGAGGGCCCCUCAGAAGCUGCCAUCAACUGCCACGAUAACGGAGAUGGAACGUGUGCUGUUGCCUAUCUGCCGACUGCUGAUGGAGAUUAUACAGUGAAUAUCACCUUCAAUGACAAGCAUAUUCCAAACUCCCCAUUUCAAGUCAAGGUUCAUCCCAACAAGGAUUUGAGCAAGAUCAAAGUCUCUGGAAAAGGGAUCCAGCCAGAUGGUAGAGAUGUCCUUCAUGUAGGGUGUCCCUGGCACUUUCCAGCUAAUACUCUGCAUGUAUCCCACUUCAUGUUUGAAGAGCAUGAAACGCAUCUUUGUGGACAGCCCGAGCGACAUCAUGGUGGAUGCACGAGCCAUUUCAAAGAAAGAGGAUGUGCUCCCAACAAGUGCAAGGCUUCAGGGCCUGGCCUGGAAAAAGGAAUAGUGAAUCAGAUCAAUGUGUUCACCAUUGACACAAAAGGAGCUGGCAACGGAGGCCUGGGUCUGGCCAUUGAAGGUCCAUCAGAGGCAAAGAUGACCUGCAAGGAUAAUCGGGAUGGAUCUUGCACCGUCGAAUAUCUUCCCACAGAAGCAGGAGAUUAUGAUGUCUCCAUCAAAUUUGCAGACACUCAUAUUCCUGGUUCCCCAUUCAAGGCAAGCCUUUUCAUCUCACAAAUUACAGGAAUAUCAUGUUCAUGGCAUAACAGUGCUAUAUUCAUGGGUGAUGCAUUUCUAUUAGACUUCAAGGUUGAUGAGAAGGCAGUAGAAAUGGCUGGUCCUGGGAUCGAACCAAACAAGUGCCGAGCCAACAUCCCACUUCAGUUUGCAGUUGAUGCAAAAAAAUCUGGCAAAGCCCCCUUGGGAGUUGAAGUCUCAUCUGACAAAGGGCCAAUCCCGAAGAAGCCAGAAGUAAGAGACAAUGGAGAUGGUACAUACAAUGUCACAUAUCAGCCUCCACCAGAAGGUUCUCCCUGCAAUGUUAAGGUCACCUGGGAUGGCAAGGAUAUCCCCAAGAGCCCGGUGAAGAUGAAGGUUUUGCCGACUUGUGAGCCAAACAAAGUGAAAGUCAGUGGACCCCUCCUGUCAAACAAGGGAAUCCCAGCUUCCAUCCCUGCUGAGAUGGUCAUUGAUACAACUGAAGCCGGAUACGGCGACCUUGCCGUCCAAGUUCUUGGUCCAGAUGGAACACCCUGCAAGGCCAAGGUGAUUGACAAUGGAGAUGGGACACACAAAGCCAUCUUCACGCCUGAGGAUGUUGGAGAGUACAAGGUUGAUGUGAAAUAUGGGGGGAAGCCAGUGCCCAACUCCCCAUUCUCCACCAAGGCAUAUGCCACUGGAAAGGACAAUGGAGAUGGGACUUUCAGCAUCUAUUACACAUGCAAGGACACUGGAGAGUAUAGCAUCAGCAUCAAGUUUGGUGGUCAACCUGUUCCACAAGGACAAUACACCUUCAAGGUGGGCCCUCUCAUUUGUCACUUCAUACUUGACAGCUCAACUCAAAUGACUCCAUUUGAGUGGUCUGAGUCGACAACCUCCAUCAAGCAACGAAUCACCAGCACAACCACAACCCAGCAGAGUCGGCACAUCAGGGAGGAAAGAACCGAGGAAACCGAGGAAAGGGAAUACCGACCGGUCGAGCUACGGAACAUCCCGCUUCCUACCACUGGAGGGCACGUGCUAGGUGAGUCGCCCGAGGGGGAGUCGCCUGUGGAGGUGGUCGCCCCUGGAGGUCGCCUAAGUGAUUUUUUGUCGAUCGCAGCUGAGGUGAAGAUGCCUAGCGGGAAGGUUGACAAGCCUGUGAUCAAGGACAACCGUGAUGGCACUGUGAGUGUCCGGUACGAACCCCGUGAGGAGGGACUUCACGAGCUCCAUGUUAAGUACAACGGAGAGCAUGUUCAGGGGUCGCCGUUCAAGUUUCAUGUGGACUCGAUCAGUUCUGGGUAUGUGACGGCUUUCGGGCCGGGGUUGACCCAUGGGAUCUGUGGGGAACCGUGCAAUUUCACCAUCUCGACCAAGGAUGCUGGAGCAGGUAGCAGCCUUCUAAGGGGACGCGGUAAAGGACACAACACACAUGGAGAUCUCUCAUCCACACUUUUCUUUCCUGACCUAGCUUUUAUCCCUUCCCUCUUGCUUUCUCAUGAAAUUAGUAGACUUGAUCCAAUGAAAAGAGGGAAAUUGCUUGACUUCAGUCGUUCCUCCCAUCGUGUCACGACAGGAGGCCUGUCACUGGCCGUCGAGGGUCCAAGCAAGGCCGAGAUCAGCUGUCACGACAACAAGGAUGGGACCGUCUCGGUCUCUUUCCUCCCCACUGCUCCCGGAGAAUACAAGGUUUCGUGCAAAUUUGGUGACAAGCAUAUCAAAGGCAGCCCCUUUGUGGUGAAGGUGACUGGAGAGGGAAGAAAGAGAAACACCAUCAGUGUUGGCUCCAGCAGCGAAGUCCCGCUUCCUGGGAAGGUCACUGAGAAAGACGUCAAGAGUCUUAAUGCUUCCAUCACGGCUCCAUCGGGACUGGAGGAACCUUGCUUCCUCAAGAAACUUAGCAAUGGGAAUCUUGGUGCGUGCACUUUCAAAUUUAAAGGUUCAGAAACAUUUAUCCAAGAUGUUUGGAUCUCGUUCACUCCUCGAGAGGUGGGAGAGCACAAGGUGGCAGUGAAGAAGAUGGGGAAGCACAUCCACAACUCCCCAUUCACCAUCCAUGUUGGAGAACUUCAAGUUGGAGAUGCCAAGAAAGUGCAUGUGAAGGGCCACGCCUUGAAGGAGGGGAAGACGCACAAGGACAACGAGUUCACCAUCGACACGCGUCAUGCUGGGUAUGGAGGCCUGUCAUUGUCCAUCGAAGGACCUUCCAAGGCUGAGAUCAAGUGCAAGGAGAAGGAAGAUGGGACCCUGGGUGUGUCUUACCAACCAACUGAGCCAGGAUAUUAUAUCCUCAAUCUAAAAUUUGCUGAUCAUCAUGUGGAAGGGAUCUCUGCCUUCGAGCUGACAUCUGUGGUGACAUCGCCAAGUGGAGUGGCAGAGGAUGCUGAGAUUAACGAAGUAGAAGAAGGCUUUUAUGCUGUCAACUUUGUGCCUAAGGAGCUUGGUAAGUGCUGGGACCAAACUACUCUAUCCCCUUUUAGUUGGUACUAUCAUCACAUUGUAGUGUCUUGGAUUAGUGAUGCAGCUGAACUCAUACAGUUUUGUUUGGAAUGGCUUCUAGGAUCUCCGUUCCAGUUCACCGUGGGUCCCCUUCGGGAUGCCGGAGCCCAUCGUGUUCAUGCCGGUGGACCCGGUCUGGAACGAGGUGAAGUCGCUUCACCAUGCGAAUUCAACGUGUGGACAAGAGAAGCUGGAGCUGGAGCUCUGGCCAUCUCUGUGGAAGGGCCUUCUAAGGCCGAGAUAGAUUUCAAGGACCGAAAGGAUGGUUCUUGCUACGUUGCUUACACCGUCAGCCAACCGGGCGAAUAUCGAGUUGGGAUCAAAUUCAAUGACAUGCAUAUCCCUGAUUCCCCAUACAAGGUCUAUGUCACACCCCAGAUGGGAGAUGCCAAGAAGAUAGAGGUUGGCCAGUUCCCAGAUAACAUCCAGCACGUCAACAAGCCUGUUGCCUUCAUCAUUACUAAGAAUGGAGCCAAGGGGCAGCUUGAUGCCAAGGUGAAGCAAGCAGUCCUUUACUAUUUUUUAUGGUUCAGUGAAGCCAUUGUAUAUGAUUCAAAGAAAAUUACAGGACUUAGAUAUGCUAUAAAAAUAACUGAUUUAAGUUAUUAUUGGAAGCUUUACUUGAAAUUGUCUUGUAGAAUCACUUCUCAAUUCCUUUGGAAUGAUUUUGCUGGAUUUUUUGGGGUGGUUGCCCCGAGUGGCUCUGAGGAUGAUUGCUUCCUGGCUCCCCUGGAUGAUGAUGCUUAUUCUGCUCGGUUCUUGCCAAAAGAGAAUGGGAUUCAUCUUAUUCAUGUUCGAUUGAAUGGUGUCCACAUCCCAGGGUCUCCAUUCAGACUUAGGGUUGGUAAAGAUGAGGCUGAUCCAGCUGUUGUUCAAGCCACUGGUCCUGGACUUGCCACUGUCACUGUUGGUCAGUUCCCUGCCUAUGACUUCUAUAAAAUGGAAUGCCAUAAGACGGACUUCAUCGUGAACACCUGUGCUGCUGGAGUCACUUGCAAAGGCAUGGGGCUGAAGAAGGCAUAUAUGCACAAACAGAACACAUUCAGUGUCCAGGCUGAUGAUGCAGGGCAAAAUGUUCUCUACGUGGGAGUGAUUGGACCUAAGGGUCCAUGUGACGAAGUCUUCGUCAAGCAUGUCGGACGCAACAAUUACAACGUCAACUAUGUAUCUUCUAUUUUCAUGGCAGAGAGAAUGAGGAUGAAACAUACACAGCAAACAAAAGAUCUGAGAUCACACCUGGGCUCUUGUGAAAACCUCCUUCAGAUGGUCAGUCGCUCACAAGCACAUGAAGCACUCAGGCAUACUCACAGGGACAGAUUCAAAACAGCAACACCGACUCAUGCUACAUCACAAAAUAAUUGGCUGACGUUUAUGGUUUCCUCGUGUCGAAAAAUUCCGCCUGAACUCCUCCCUCAACACCGACCUAAUGAUUCCAGACAUACUAGAAUACUCGUGCUCUGCUUGGCCUUAGUGGGUCCUUCACUCCCGUUCCUUCGAGUGCCAGAAGGCGGGAUCACCCAUCGGCAAAACAAAGACAGCAUGCUCACGACAUUCAGGGUCUUCCACUGGAAAAAGAUGCAGCACCUCCUGGUGUCUCUUUAUAGCAUUCAACUACGUAACCGCAGCUUUUGUCGUCUUCAGGAGCAGCAUGAACAGCCUCCUUAA